CUUAUCUGCAUUUAUUUCGUACCAAUUAUGGCAUUAACUUAUAAAUUAACAUUUUUGUUAUUAGAAAUUUUAAUUAUAACUAUUCUCACGUGUUGUGCAGAUGAAAAUUGUGAGACACUGCCUUCGGAAAUUCAUGUUACGAAAGAGGAGUAUGACGAUAUGGGAAGUUUGGUUCGAUCAUGCAGUGGAGAAGUUAUGGUGAAUAAAUGUGAAGGGAUAUGCAAUAGUCAAGUUCAACCAUCUGUUAUUACACCUACAGGUUUUUUAAAGGAAUGUUUCUGCUGUAAGGAAAAUUAUUUACGCGAGCGCCUGGUCACAUUGUCGCACUGCUAUGAUCCUGACGGCCUUCGUUUAGAAGACGAAGAGCGAGCCAUAAUGGAAAUCAGACUUCGGGAACCAGCUGAAUGUAAAUGCUACAAAUGUGGAGAUUACAGUCGAUAGUUUUAUAGACAUCAUUAUAAUUGCAAAAAGAUCCUCAAUAAACGUAACAAAUAAACUUUGUUAACAAUAAUAAAAUAUAGUUCAAUUUA